AUGUUAGGAUCAAUAACAUUUUUGUUGUUCUGUUUUUAAAUUAGUGCUGGAAACAUAGAAGAUCUUGUAUUUCCUUAAGAUAAUUUAUAAUUUAAAUUGUUGAAAUGGGUUGAUUGUUAAACUGAAGAGUAAGUUAAUUUAUUAGAUGUAGAAGGAUAAUAAUAAUUAAGUCUAUAAAAUGGCUAAGAUAUAUGUUUAGACAAGAAUUAAGAAUUGCCUUUAAAUGAAGAUGACUAUACUUAUAUUUACACUUUUAUUUUUAAUCGACCACUCAACUAUGAUUCAUUAUACAUUUAUAUAGAUUACAAAAUGUAUAAUUUAAGUACAAAAAUAACCUAUUAACCAUUCGUUUAAAUUCAGCAUUAUCAUUUUUUAACUUGUAUGAAAACUAUUGAAUUUAAGUUAAAUUCCAAAGAAUCAAUAAAUUUAAUUUUUUUCUAUAUUGCAAGAUUUCCAACAAAUACAAAAAAUUAAGUACUCCUUUCUGGAUAACUUCUAUCUUAGCCUGAAGGUAAAAAUACAUUUUAUUAUGACUUUCGAAAAACUUUUUCAUAAGAAAUUAAAAAUAAUACUAUCUUUUAUUAAGCUACUAUUCCAAUCUAAAAUAAUAAAUAAACUUUACUCUAUUGGUUUAAAUUUUAUUUAAACAAUUCCUUUUUACCUUAAUCAAUAUAAAUGGAUAAAGAACAAAUUUUGAUAUAAGGAAGUUAAAACAUUAUGAAUGACAACCAUAUUAAUAUAAAUAAUUUAACUUUUUUGAUUAAAACUAAAUAUAAAAUAAGUUAGAGUUUUCUAUUUUAGGAGACUUAGGAUUAUGUUGAGUUUGAAGUAAUAACUUAGAUUGAUGAAAAUUUUUCAUAAUUAGUUUAAGAAACAAAAAUAAAGAAAAAGUUUGAAUCAAAGAAUUAGAUUAGAAUAUUAAUGGAAGUAUAAUCAGUUUUAAAUAAUAAUACUGUUGUGAUGAUUAAAGUAUUACCAAAAAAUUAUAAUAAAUGUUUUUAAGAUAUAGAAAUAAGUGAUGCUAAAAUAAAUAUAAAAAAUGAAGAAGAUGAAAAUAUUAUAGAAUGUUAUUUUUAAGAUAAUAAUUAAAAUGAUAGCUGUUUAAAAUAUGAGAAAUAAGAAUGUUAAUUUUAUGUGAGAUGGCAAUUUUAAAAUAAUACUUAAUAUUCUUAUGAAUUGAUUGGAACUUUAAAAAAAUAUUUCGAAAAUGAUCCAUAUAUUUAUUUUAAAACAGAGAGAGAGGUAUUGUAAAUUUUGAGAAAUGAGAAGGAAACUUGGAAUGGUUAUAAAUAUGGAUUAAUUCUAUUAAUAUAACUUGGAUUAGGAACAUUAAUAUUUGUAAGUUGUGUAGUUUGCAUACUAACAUAAAAGAGUUAUCAUCCAUAUAUCAAAUACAUAAUAGAAAGAGAUUAAAUCUUUUUUUAGAAUUUAGAAACAUAACGAACUUAAUUUUCAUAAUAAUAAAAUGAAGAGGUGAUAAUUAAUUUAUGA